AUGGCACCUCCGUCUGGUGUUACAUCGGCGUCGCCUCAGUCCCCCGCCGAGACGGACGUGGCUGUUUGCCCGUCGGUCAUUUGCACCUCUGAGACGAAGCUGGAAGAAUGGCCGCACCCGCGGUUGCCACCCUUCUCGAUCGACUACGUCGAGCUGCGCUACCCACAAGUUGCCAUUUUCCACAAUGUGAAGGAUAAACCUGUUGUGCGAUACACAUGGCCCACAACCACGGGCGCAGCUCGGGGUGCGGUUGUGCUCCUUCAUGACCAAGGUACCCAUACGAUGUUUGAGUGGCUCAAGCACCUGCCUCCGCUCUCGAAGGAAGAACGAGAGCAGAUGGAAGAAGAUCCCGAUGCCACCGAAACAGAGAAAAAGGAGUUCAUGCGCAUGCGGAAAGCCUCACACUAUGAGGGCUCGUGGGUGCAAAAAUUCAAUGACGCGGGCCUGGAUGUUCAUGCGAUUGAUCUACAGGGCCAUGGCCUUUCGAAGGUCGUUGAGGGGAAAAACUACGAAUUGCCAUGCAGUUUCGAUGAAUUCGCUGAGGAUACGUGCUGGCUCCUGGAAGAGGUUUGCCGCCACUCCACGCUCCCCAUUUUCAUCGUUGGACAGGGCUUGGGGGCAACGAUUGCGGCGCGGGCUGUUGAGAUGCUUGCACGUCAAGGGAAGCUGGGCAAACCCCACGUUCCUCCACAGAAAUCUGCCGAUGCGGGCGUGUCGGAUCAGUUUAGUACGACGGGAACAUCGCAAAAUUCCCAGGCGGGCAAUGAGGCACGGGGCCUGCAGUAUGCCACCGAGACGCAGUACUGCCUGCACACAGGCAAGGGGAAGAAGGAGGUUCCAGUGGAGCACAUCACGGUGCAAGCACGGCCCAUCCCUAUCGCUGGACUUGUGUUGUUGUCCCCGCUGCUCACGCUGAAGGAGAUCACUCCUGAGGAGAUGCAUAAGGGAAAAAAACACGCAAACGAGGGAAUCAUGACGAGACUUGCGCGCUGCUUUGGAUCGUCCAGCGAUUCACCGCACCCACUGGCGGGCUUGUUGGGCUUCCGUAUGCAUCAGGAGAAUCCGCUCAUGCCAGACUACAACGUCUGGUACAAGAAUGACACUAUGACGAUCAAAGGUCUGACCCCGCAGGCGCUUUACAACCAAAUUCGGCAAGGCAUCGACUCGGCAGUCGAUGACGCCCGGUGGCUUUUGACGCCAGUUGAGCGCGAUUCAGCGCACACCUUUUCCUUGAAAGACUGGCAAGAGAAGCAUCGUCGGUGGAUGGAAAUGAUGCGUACAAAGCCGCCGAGCGUCUUGGCCUCUUUGAUAGUCGACAAGAACAAGGACAUUCCCGAGGUUCCUGACCUCGCCCCGUGGCUCAAGGAUGAAUUUGAAGACCAGGAAUUGUCUUCGAGGCCGUGGCGUCUGCAGGAACGGGCAGCCGCUCAGGAGGCAGAGAGAAACGCCUCCCGCGGGCCUCUGGCAUCACGCCUGUCGGAGCGGGCAAAGUUGGCGUACUAUGUGAACGUUCUGCUAGUUCAGAGUUUGGCAGACACAACAGCCAAUCCCCGCGGCACUGCCUACUUCUUCAAGAGGAUUGGAGGCCGUAUCCAGGCCUCGAGGGAGAUCCUCGUUCAGCUUGGUGAACUGCCAGAGGAAGAGUACAUCGGAUCUUGCUCGUCUUGCCGGCACCCCGAUGUGCGUCAGGAUGAUGACUCUGCGAAGCUCACUGCGGUUGAAUUCAGCACCGAGAGCGACGACAGCGGCUGGGUUGAAGUCGUCACGAACCGCCCAGUGACGGCGGGUUCGCCCGGUCAGUCCCAGGUGUCCCCGCCCAAGGGGUCGUCCCCGGCUGGCAGUCCUUCAGGCCAGGUGCAGGGUUCACGAGGUCAGGAAUUUGUGGACGACAUUUGCCGUGAGUCCGUCACCUCUCAGAAUGAGGAAUCUGCAAAUCAGACUGAUGGAUAUGAAGCCGCAUCGAAUACGGAGGCGCAGUCGGAAGAGACAGAGACAGGUGACAACGAAGCUGUACAGGAGCGUGUGAAGAAGCUGAUGGAAGUGAAUAUGCGCCUCGACAAAGACUUGCAGCUUAAGACCACGGAAGAAGCCACAGAGGGUAUGUCACGCCAAGGGACGUUUGUUCGUCCCUCGUACUUGCAGCGAUUUGAUACGGAAGACCUACAGAGGGCGAAACGCGAGGCGGAAGCAGGCUUCGUUGGAGUGGAAGAAGUCAAGUGGGUGAAGGAAGUGCCAGCGAGAGGCGUCGGGCCGCUGGCGUGCUGCGGGGGUUCGACGGGCCGGGUGCGUCGUGUUGACCUAGUUGAAGCAAAAGUGAGGCUGGUUGACAGGAUUGUCAUGAUGGAAGCAACCGAUUCGGUAAAGGCAUUGAUUGACGAAAUUGGAGAGCGCGAACGUCUUCAGAAAGAAGCGGCGAAGCAGAAGAAAGAGCAAAGCAGCUGGUUCUUCAACUGCAUCGCUGGCGGUGAGCCAGUUGAAAAGCCCGUGCCGCAGCCCGUUUUCUGGGAACAGAAAAGGCUAUGGAGGAAUGUGCAGGGGGUUGUAGUAGAUGAAAGCGGCCGCCGAGUACCAGUCGAAGAAGUCGAACGCCUGCGGACUCAAAAACCAGAAGACUACAUGCGUCUCUUCUUCCGUUAUGGCGCAGCAACAGGCAACGGCAAUCACGCGCGCACGGCCAUGUGGCUGGUCCCGGAUAUGUACCAUUCCCUUUGCCAGGAAGACAAAGACGGCCAGCUUGCUGCCAAGCUUCUUGAUCAGUGGAUUCUGCCCGUCCUCGGUGAUCUUGAAGAGCGUGAACUCGUCUGGCAAAAAGUGAAUCGCUCUGCCAAUGGCGCCAAGGCCGCGAAUUGA